AUGUCCCUUGAAUCACAGACAGGAAACAGACAGGUCCUGUCCCAGUCCAGCAGUAAAAGGACUGGAAUGGGAGAUGGGAGAUUUGGGAAACUGAGUUCCCUGUUCUUUUCCAUAACACAUGUGGAACUGACUUACUGUGAAAGAUACAACCUGUCAGAGGUCUUCCUAAUCACCAGCCUUACAGAGCCAAUUCCAUCAAUUGUCUUUACAUGUGACAAAGUCAAAGACCGACCGACCCUCUCGCUCCCCGAUGCCAGCCAAGCCCGUGUGCCCUCGGGGCCGGCCCGGCAGGUGAGGGCAGGUCCCGGCUCAGCCUGCCGCGGGGCCGCGCUCGGGGCCGCGCUCGGCGGCUCGGGCGGGGCCGGGGCCGGGGCCGGGGCCGGGGCUGGGUCCGGGGCCGCGGGCGGGGCGUCUCUGAGGGCGGUCCGAGGUUCCUCCUCCGCCGCCGCCCGCCCUUCCCGCCCGUGCCCGGCCUUAAAGGCGCGCGGGGCCGCGGCGGCGGCAGUGGCGCAGUGCGGGCUGCUCAGCGGUGCCGGCAGCCGAGCCGAGGCGGGGGGGGCCGUUCCCUCGGAGCGUCUCGCCUGGAGCCCCUCCCUGCCGCCUCCGCCGCGCUCCCGCCCCUCGCUCGGGCCGAGGUUGUCACCGCGCCGGGCGCCGCCAGCAUGUUUGACAGGACGCGGCUGCCCUUCGUGGCGCUGGACGUGCUCUGCGUGCUGCUGGAUAAUCAUAGGAGAGACUCUCUCGGUCUUUUAUAAUAAUUUGCACUCAAAUUCGUUUGUCAGAAAUAACUACAUAGCCACUAUUUACAAAGCCAUUGGGACCUUCAUUUUUGGGGCAGCUGCUAGCCAGUCAUUGACAGACAUUGCCAAGUACUCCAUAGGUAGACUGCGUCCUCACUUCAUUGCUGUGUGCCAGCCCGACUGGACACGGAUAAACUGCAGCCUGGGCUACAUCGAGAACUUCACCUGCCAUGGGGACAAAGCAAAAAUCAGUGAGGGAAGACUAUCAUUUUAUUCUGGCCAUUCUUCAUUCUCCAUGUACUGCAUGCUCUUCGUAGCACUUUAUCUUCAAGCAAGAAUGAAAGGAGACUGGGCAAGGCUUUUGCGUCCCACUGUACAAUUUGGCCUCAUUGCUGCAUCAAUCUAUGUGGGUCUCUCACGUGUUUCUGACUACAAGCAUCACUGGAGUGAUGUUUUAACAGGACUGAUCCAGGGUGCAGUGGUAGCUGUGCUCAUUGUUGUGUAUGUGUCAGACUUCUUCAAAGUGAGAGGAUGUACAUUUCAACCAAAAGAAGAUUCCCAUACAACCCUACAUGAGACACCAACAAAUGGAAAUCACUUUGGCAGCAAUCAUCAACCAUGAAGAAUGGCCCACAUCACCUACACUGCUCUGAAAGAAAACAAUUUCACAAGUCUAACUAUGUACUAUAAGUAAUUGC